GUUCUUAAUGAAUGCAUUUAUGUUUCUGAAUCGAAAGCCAGAAGGGUCUUGUUUAGGACUAGCCUUUUAACUCGUAGGAGGCUUAACGGUCCUUCUCAUGAGCGGGCUUCCGCGGAGGCAGAGACGGACUCCAGACAAAAGCCGAUGGACGCCUUGAGAGCUUCCUAUGGUGGCGCUUCUUCCGAUUCCGACUCCAGCCCGACUAUUUCACCAGUAUCAUCACCGCCACCGUCAACCUCAAAUUACAAUCCCCACCAGACAUCAACACCUCUGCCUCCACCCCCUCUUGCUCUCCUCCACUCACCCGAUUCUUUCGGUGCAUUUGAUUAUUUACAAACUGAGCAACCCACUCGAGUUCGAAGCUUCCCUCAUGUCCAAGGAAAUUACGCUUUGCACGUCUACAUUCCCGUUGACAGCUGCUAUCUACCAUCUUCCUGCAGUUCAUAUACCAUCUUCGCCCAGGAAGGAGCUGGUUCAGUUUUUGAGAAAGUUUACUGAUCUUGUACCCGGUCUUCAUGCUGUUGACAUAGAUGUCCCGUUAACUAGUUUGCUUAAGGAUGAUAACAAAUUUGAACAAGUUGUUCUAGGAAGGGAAUUUCAUAUUAGUCUCGGAAGAACUGUUCCGAUACGGGUGCACCAGAGAGACUCUGUGCUGACAAUGCUUCGCCAGAAGCUUCAGUUUCAGAAGAUGUAUUGGAUUGAUUUUGCCAAAUGGGUGGUAUUUGUUAAUGAUGAUUUCACCCGCUCUUUUCUCUCCAUGGAAGUUAUUGCAGGAGGCUUGGCUGAGAUAACAAAACAAAUUGAUGCUGUUAAUGAGGUAUACAGGCUUCACAAUCUUCCAGAAUUUUACAAGGAUCCACGCCCUCAUAUAUCUGUGGCCUGGGCAUUAGGUGAUGUUGGUGAUUUCAUGACGGGAGUUGUAGAGGAAGAAAUGAAGAGAUUCAGUUUGACUGGAGGUUCAUCAAGGAAGCAUAUUUUUAACUGCAAAUUUGGUGGUGUUCAGUGCAGAAUAGGUAAUCGAACCUAUGAGAUUUGCAAAUUUCAGGAGUUAUAGCGAAUUAAAUGAGAAACUUCAGAGAGUUAAUAUAUUGCCUUUAAAUUCUGUGUGGAUUUAAAAUUGAUGUUAUGCCUGCUGUGUAUAUAUAUAUAUAUAUAUAAAUUUUGGGGGCUCUUCAUGACUGCAUAUAACACAAGGUGA